GUAAAUCUGUUGUGCACCAUAUGGUUACAGCAGUUGUAGAACUUUCCUCAUUGGUUUUUCCCCACCGCUGAUGGUUAGGUCAAUCUCAGCGCCAAUGAUACUUGCACCAUGUGCAGGUAUAUUCACUCGGUUAAUACAACAAUAUUUGUGUGGGGUUCCAGCUAUACUUUUUGAGGACAAUGGGUAUGUUUUCAACAAGUACUAGGUCUGUGAAAUAGUUCUGGGACCACAGGAAUUCUGGUUUGAACUAAAUCGGAACAAUUGCUGUUUUUGCUGGAAGGAUCAGCUUGACAAUGAAUGUUGCCGUUAGUUAGCUGCAGGUACUAACAGCACUAACAGAGAACUAGAUAUUUACCCUGGGGGUUUACAUUGAGGGCGGGCGCUCCACCCACACUCAUCCAGGAGGCAGUCAAAAGGAGUCAAAACAAUGAUCGGGACAUUUGCUGAUGCAAGUAACCGAACCGGUCUGCCAUCGGAAUCUUUGAUCUGCACGUAGGAGGUAGUAAAAAUUCGAUCGUUUGCUCUUACUUCGGACGUUCAUGUUCGUAGGAGAUAGUCACAAUCUUCGUCCAAGGCAACCAUGGCACGUUCUCCUCACAAUGGAAGCCGCGCUCACGAUUCCCUCUUCUCAUCUGCUUCUCCUCUUUCGCCUUGUGCAGCGAUAUCAAAUGGCCCUUGUACCCUACUGUGCAUCAGCAAUGCACGACGUUACGGACAGAUGCAUUUAUGCAUGCUUGCUUUGAGGGAGGGGUGAGGCUUAGCAGCAUCUCGAGCUUACUGUAUUCUGGCUUCGUCCAGUUAGUUUCAACUGAAUCUCGACACUCUGGUUGUAAAUGGACAAUACUGAGGCAACUGGGAUGCAAUUGAUUGAAGUAUGGGCGUGACGUAAUUUGUCCGAUUUUCGUUCCACUAAUCGUCUCCGGACGUACGUGUUAUGAGAGCAAAGGUUUCAUCGAGCAACUGACUAUAGGGAUCGUACAAAGUGCUUUGGAAGUCUUAAGAUGGAGAAACCUGAGCUAAAAGACGAUAAAGGUAAAGAUCAAGAAGAGAAUGAUGAAGCCAAGAACAAAAGACCCAGGGAUUUAAGGAUUCCUCUGUUGAAUCUAGAACGUGCAAGAGAAUAUGUCCCUCCCGCGAGUCCCACUGAAAAGACUGCAUCCGACAGUGAGAUGCUUAUCAUCAGCGAGCUUCCAAAUAUUGGGCAGCCAGAUUUCUCAUUUAGCCCCGUUCUAGAGAGAGAGGACUCACCGAAACUCAAGGCACCGUCUGCCUUGAGUGAUGAAGCUGUGCAGCAAGUUCUGCAGGGAAUUAACUCGUGGACUUUCGAUAUUUUUCAACUCGAUGAUGACAGUCUGCCUAAGAUGGUGGAAAAAAUCUUCCGCGAGCUUGGUCUCUUUGAUAACUUCCCGCUAGAUGUUAAAAAAGUUCGAGCAUUCACGAAUGCGAUGGUAAUGCGGUAUCAGCCUAAUCCGUAUCACAAUUUUCGACAUGCUUGUGACGUGUUGCAUGCUGUGUAUCUUAUACUGACUUUGGUAGAUGGAAGGAAAAAGCUUUCACAUUUGGAAGUAUUUGCCUUGGCUCUUGCUGCUCUUUGCCACGAUGUAGAUCAUCCCGGUCUUACAAAUGCAUUCCUUGUGGCAACAUACGACCCCUUGGCCCUUCGCUACAAUGACAGAGCCGUCUUAGAGAGCCAUCAUGCUGCUACAUGUUUUAUAACCAUGCGGGGUAAUGACUCGUUGAAUCUACUUGCUGGACUUAGUGAAGAGGAGCAGAGACACAUGCGGAAGCUUAUGAUCGUCUUAAUUCUUGCAACUGAUAUGGGAGAACAUGCUCGAAUCUUGCGCGAAGUGGGUGAAAGAGUUCAAGACCUUCGCCCUUUUGAACAAUCUCCAUUUUAUACCCCUCCAGGAUGUUUAUCUCCAAUCUUAAGAGAUGCUGAAAGCUCCUCUUCAGGGAAUACUACUGCAGGAGCGAAAUCGUCUGACGCACCUCCAUCGCCGAAACGGCUCCCAGACAAAGUGUAUAAGAAUCCGCUAUCACCUUCACCACCGAUCCAAAGCACAAGCGACGUCAUGCUACUCAUACAGCUAAUUAUCAAAUGUGCGGAUAUUAGCAAUGUCGUGAAGCCAUUCUUUUUGUCAAAAAGGUGGGCCGCGUUGCUUUUGCUCGAAUGGUUCAGACAGGGAGAGAUUGAAAAGCAACUGGGUCUGCCUAUCUCCAAGUUUAUGGAUAGAGAAGAUCCCUCAACUCUCAUGGCUAUGACUUGUGGAUGCAUCGACUAUAUUGCGAAGCCCAUGUAUGAAGUGAUGACAAAACUUUUGCCACGAAUGCACGAAAACGUUCUAGUCAAUUUAAACCUCAACCGGCAGAUGUGGAGUACAUUCAGUACCAAUGGCCGCCGAGCCUCCGAAACAGCACAGCAGAUUCUUGGUCCCUUUGCACCUCCACCUAUUCCUAAGGGAGAAGCGGUUCAAGAAGGAUAUCAACAAGAUCAUUCUAAGUUGGAGGGAAAGUUGGUCGCAACAUUUAGCGGACAAUAUGUAUCUUCAGAUGUACCAUCCAGGAAGCUAGAGAGUUCACCUUCUGCUAAGUCCUUGGGAAGUGUGUCGGAGGACUCAGAGGAAACUGUGGAGAACGUGGAGGAUAGCCCGAUACUUUCUGUCACUGAUCGAAGCUCGGAGUUCUCUAGAUUAGGGAGUGAAGCAGGAUCGUCAGUGAAAACUAGCCCGCAGUUUUUAAGUAGAGCUGGUACAGAAGCUCCAAGUAGUCCACAGUCCCCUCUACAGGCAUCACAGGAGCAAAGAGGCUCACCAUCGCCUGGCGUUCAGUAUAGGCUCUCUCCAAGAGGGCCAGGAUCUCCUAGUGUGCCGGUGACUCAAAUAUCAGGAAAUCCAGAGUCUCCCGGUUAUAGAGAAACUUAUGGGCCUGGCGGUUCACAACCUGCUGCUAUGGAAGUGCCUUUCGUACAGAAAAGCCCACACGAGCCCGUUGCGGUAGACGUAGAUGUGGCUACCAGCCAACAAUCCGCUGAUGUUAUUGCGCCUCUGAGUAAACCACAAGCUCUUCAGGUGAAACAGCCAGUAGUCCCAACUGUUUCUCGCGGUGUACAUUUUGACGACUCAGAGUUGACAGCGUCAGAGCGCUCUGAACUGAGUUCGUCGAUACAGUCUGGCAGCUCACCAGACUUGGCUUUGAGAGUGUCAUUUGUGGCGAUCAACCCAGACUCUGAUUCUGUAAAGGUAUUGAUAGAACAAAGUGAUCCACUAUCCACUGCUACCAUCGAACAAAGAGAUCCAGACAGUCCAAGAAUGACCGGUUUAGAACCAUUCCUGGAAGAGGUGGCAGCGUCAUCAUCUGAAUCUAAGGCUGAACCCGAGACGGAGGACGAAUAUAAUCAACGCUAUGAAGCACCCCUGAGCCUCCUAUUUGGAGCGCCAACUAGAGAAGAGUUGAUGCUUCCUGCAAAGAUUGGAAAAGAUAAAAAUGCUUCAUUGGUAUCCGCUCUCCUUCCAGGUGCCAACAACCUUGUCAAUGAUCGGAAACAAAAUGCAUGGGAACAGAUGGCGUUCAGAUCUCCUUCAGAACAGGCAGCGUCCCGGGGAUCUAUCUUAACAACCGUACCGUCCUUCGCCAAUUCUGAUGGAGAUCUAGAGAAGUCAUCGUCACUUCGGAAAGGACCUCCUCCGGGCUUCUGGGAGGCCCUAAGGACACAUCCCAGAGUAAAUCGGCUGAAUCGAGCCUUGGAGAGUAAAACCUGGAACGCGCUGCUUAUUGUGGCAACAUUAGUAGCUCUAUUCGCUGAUGAUGUUGUGAAAGGGUUUUUGCCCAAACACGCGGACGUCUAUGAGUCACACAUCCUAACGGCUUGUUUGAGUCUCUUCUUGGCUGAGUCGGCACUCUUGUGUAUCUUCCGCGAUCGAUACUUCUUCAGCUUCUUCUUCUGGUUAGAUAUGUUGGGGAGUGUGUCGCUCGUUCCCCUUGUUAUCGGGAUCACUGCACAGAAUCUUGUGAUAGCGAGGACUGGACGCGCAGCCAAAACGGUGACAAGGUUUAGCAAGACGUUGCAAGCUUCACACAUUCAGCAACAAAUAGUACACCAUAUUCCUGUGCUUCGUGUAUUUAAGUUCUUUGGCUUUAAGAGAGAUUCCACACUCGAGAGUCCCGAUUACGAGGAGGAAGAAAAGUUUUUGUCGAAACCCAGUCAAUUGUGGUCGAGGCUAGCAGAAUUGACCAGUCAGAAGCUCAUCCUUGGAGUACUGAUUAUAAUGAUUCUCACUCCAUAUUUCAACAACAGCGAGAAGGAUCUUGCACCUCUUGUGUCACUCGACCCUCUUGAUGACUAUCUAAUAGGAUCACCAAAUUUCAAUUUGACUGUAGAGCGCGUGAUAAACAUGACGAAAAGACAUGGAUACAAUCUGCUGUACUUAGGUGUGAAAGCAAGUUGCCGCUCUAUUAAAGAGGGUGGUUACAGUUACUGUCUUGGGAUAGACGUAGCGGGAGUGGAAAAAUACCAGCAGAUCCUCCCCAAUGUAGAUGAGGAACCAGAUGGGAGACAAGCGGCUCAGGAGGAGUUCAGACCUACGGAAUUAAUCUCCGUCACUAGCGAUAGCUCUCGUGCGCAGGCUUAUUACUCCAUAAAGAAGAAAAGCAGGUUUAAAUAUGGUAUGAACAUUGCCAUGACUGUACUUAUUCUUCUCUUGCUUGCGGCCUGGUGCUUCUUUUUAAGUCGAGACUCAAACAGGUUACUGAUUCAGCCUAUUGAGCGCAUGGUCCAAUUUGUGAAAGAGCUCGCAGAAGACCCAGUAUCUUUCGCAGGAAAGACUGUAGUGAAGCCAACAGGGGACUCAAGCAAGAUUAUGGAAACAUUCUAUGUUGAGGCUGCUCUUGUUAAAAUUGCUAGUUUGACAAAAGUGGCCCUUGGCGAUGCCGGAAUGGACAUACUUUCUGUAAAUCUGAAAGGGUCUGAGUUCAACCCAAUGCUUCCUGGGAAGAAGAUUCGUGCAUGUUUUGGAUUCUGUGACAUACGAAACUUCACAGAUGCAACGGAGUGCCUUCAGGAGGACGUGAUGAUGUUUGUUAACCGUAUUGCUGAUGUGGUCCACAAUAAAGUGGUCUUGCACUCGGGUUUUCCGAACAAAAACAUCGGGGACGCAUUUUUGAUUGUGUGGAAGAAAACAGUUUCCGACAACACUAACAAGUCCAGGGCCACAUCCUUUGCUGAUCGUGCUCUUCGAGCUUUCCUUGACAUCAUACAAUCGAUCGAGACUUCUCAAUCGUUGGCUGAAUUUGCGAAGCACCCUGCUAUUCAAAAGCGCAUGCCAGGAUAUCGAAUUCACAUGGGCUUUGGGCUACAUGUUGGUUGGGCUAUUGAAGGGGCAAUCGGCUCUGCCCACAAGGUGGACCCAUCUUACCUUUCUCCACACGUGAAUAUGGCAUCUCGAUUGGAGGCAGCGACAAAACAGUACGGGGUUAUGCUGUUGAUAUCGGAAACCGUAAUUGCUCACUUGACCAAGAGCACUCUACGUGACAGCUGCAGAAAAUUAGACCGAGUGACUGUGAAGGGUAGUCAGGAUCCUAUGGUACUUUACACAUUCGACAUUCCGCUGUUUCAGCAAGAUUUGAGAGGCAAUCCCCAAGAGUAUAGGGACAUCUUCGAAGAAGCAGUGGACAGCUACAUUGAUGGAGAUUGGGACAUCGCGUUGGAGAGGCUUCAGGAGUGUCAAACCUUAUGGCCUACAGAUAAACCUGCAACCGUUCUGCUGACCUUCAUGGCCAGUCACAACAAUAUAGCUCCUGAGAAUUGGGCUGGUUUUCGAGAACUCACCGAGAAGUAGUAAGUUCAAUGAGCUGUCAUAUCAGGCCAUGAUUUCUCAAGUAGUAUACAAACACUUCAGAUGUAAUUUUGUUCAAGUGUUUCGUAUUGUGCAUUCCCUGCGUCAUACUGAUAUCUACUCUUAUGUGACUGUACGACUGACGAGUCCCAAAAUUCCCUACGUUCUAUGCACUGCGAACAGCUUCAGAAUAUAUUUUGUUUCUUCCGUGGUAGAUAAGAAAUUUCCGAGUGAGGGGCUCCCGUACACACCAUAACAAACCGCAUGUGAAGGUC